CCAGCGCGCGGGAUCGCGGCGGCGGAUCCCGGGAUUUUCUCUCUCCGGCCUGGCCUCGGCCUGGCUCGCCGGGAGUUGCCGGGAGGAGCUCCAGGAUGUGGAAGCUGGUGCCCGCCUCGGGAAAAGGAGAGCCUUAUCGGCUUUUAAAUGGUGUAGACUAUGUUGUUGGACGCAAGAACUGCACAAUUUUAAUUCAGGAUGACCAGUCUAUCAGUCGAAGUCACGCAGUUCUGACUGUAAGUCAGCCUGAAACAAGCCCUAGUCAAUCUCUCUCAGUACCUGUAUUAACAGUAAGGGAUACAUCUAAGUAUGGUACCUUUGUUAAUGGAUCAAAACUCAAUGGUACUUCAGUGUCUUUGCAGUCUGGUGACAGAAUCAACUUUGGUGUCUUUGAAAGCAAGUUUAGAGUGGAAUAUGAACCUUUGAUUGUCUGCUCUUCGUGUUUAGAUGUAGCUCAGAAAAAUGAUUUAAAUCAAGCUAUCCAGCAGCUCGGAGGCCUUGUAGUGAAUGAAUGGACUAAAGAAUGUACCCACCUUGUAAUGGUAUCAGUAAAAGUUACUGUUAAGACUAUAUGUGCUUUGAUUUGUGCUCGGCCAAUUAUAAAACCAGAGUUUUUUUCUGAAUUAAUCAGAGCUAUUCAGUCCAGGCAACAGUUGCCUAAUCAUGGAAGCUUUUAUCCUCCAGUUGAUGAGCCUUCCAUUGGCACUGAGAACCUUGAUUUAUCUGAGCACCAUGAGAGGAAAAAAAUAUUCAGUGGAAAAACUUUUAUAUUUCUAACUGCCAAGCAGCACAAGAAAUUGGGUCCAGCAGUUGCUCUUGGAGGAGGGGAAGUAAAGUUGGUGACAGAAGGAAGAAAAGAAAUGCCUUUACUACUGUCUCCUGAAGUCUGUGUAGUUGAUGUGGGUUUGACAAACUCUCAGGUCUCAGGAUCUGCCUCUAUGACAAACAGCGCUGAUUCCAUUCUGACUGUCUUGGAAAGCAAAAAUCUUAGGGCUAUUCCAGAGGCAGAAAUUGGAUUGGCAGUUAUCUUCAUGUCUACAGAAAAAUACUGCAACCCUCAAAAGCAGCCUGCCUCCAAAGCUGUACCUGAAAGUUCUCUUGCAUCAGCUGCCGUAGGCCGAGCCAUUUCCCAGAGUCUGGCUGUGGAUGAAACCAUAAUGCCAGCUGCUGCAGAUAGCAGCACCUUAUGCAUAGCUGAUACAGAAGAGCAGACAUGUAUGGAGAUAGAGGAUACUUCCCAGGUGCAUAGACAAAGGAAAAUGGCUUUCCACGGUAUAAGUGCUGUAAAGAAAAGCAGUGGCACAGGUGGCAGUGUAAACGCAGGAACAUCGAUACCCAGAGGGAACAGAACACCUGGGUUCAGUCAAAGAAGUCAGCCUGUCUCACCAUCUAAGAGCUCAGAAGCUGGCAAACCUUGUAUGAGUGCUUCGCGUCACCAGGCGAACUCAAUUACUAAUUACUUCCAGGUUUCUAGAAAAAGGGAAAGAGCUGAAGAAGAAGAAACCUCUGUACCCAAAUUAGCAAAAUCGGAGGAGUCAUCACCUCUUCCAAAGUGCACUGAAUCCACAACUUCCUCAGCCUGCAACAGUGAAGCAAAACAGCAUCAAAAGAAAAAUAGCAUCCUGGACCCAAACCUAAAUUUUGCAGGAGACAUGGGUAUGAAGCUUGUGAGGGAAAGUGUCAAACUAACAAGUGAUGGAACAGACACUAAAACCAGUUCUAGUGAAAAUCAUGCACCAAAGAAGAGAAAGGAAUUAGAUGAUUUAUCAGAAGAUGCAGAAGCAUUAGAAAUUGUGUUUGGAAGUGGAGAUGUAGACUGGGAAGAUCAAAUGGCAGAUCAUGACCAGGAAGCUCAAAGAAAUAAACGAAGAAAAUGUUUGGAAGCUAAAGGAAGCAGGAUUCAAGAAGUAAUUGUAAAUCAGCAAGAGGAGAAUAAAAUAUUGAAGGAAGAGGAACUUGGAUCAGUUCGAACUUCAGAAAUGAAAAGUAAUAUCAAGCAAGAGUCACAAGCCUUGGUAAGGAGCCAGCUAAUUAACCACAGCAAACUGGAAGAUGAUUCCAGCAAUCUUCCUAGCAGGCUUUUGUUGACAGAAUUUAGAUCGCUGGUUGUCAGCCAUCUAAGACAGAGCAGUCAUCUUCCUGGAAAUAUCAGCUAUGGGGGAAAGAAAAAUUUCAAAAUGUUCAAAAAGGUAGCUUACCCUGGGGCAGGACAACUUCCAUGCAUUAUUGGAGGAUCAGAUUUGAUUGCUUACAAUGCUAAAAAGAAUUCGGAGCUAGAAGACUGGUUAAGGCAAGAAUUGGAGGAACAAGACCGACGUGCAAGAGAAGAAUCACUUGCUGAUGAUCUCUUUAGAUAUGAUCCUAACGUGAAAAGAAGAAGAUAAAUUGUGACCUGGAUUUACAGUGUUUCUCUGGCAAAACCUGCUUUCUGUUCCUUAGGUUUCUAGGUUACAGUGUGUAUGAUGUUCCUAUAUAUGACCAUUUGAAUAUCUCUUAUUGUAAGAUGUGUUUUCUAAGUCUUGCUUUUAUUAAAGAAAAAGAAAAGUUCCUUUCACUGCUUAGUACUUACAGAUUGCAGUAUUGUCAAGACCUUCCCAUUAUUCACUUCAGAGUAAUGCUCAGUAAAAUAUUGUAGAUACUUAGGAUUUAAUUUUAGGCUAUUUUUAAUGUUUGGUUAUCAGUACUGUUUUGGGAAAAAACGGAACUUAGCACCAGGCUAUGUUGUUUUUUUUUGUUUUUUUUUUUUUUUUUCAGAAAGGCUUUGUUAAUUAGAUAUUUUCAAGGAUAUGUUAAUAAUUGAAAAUCUAUUGAGGUAGAGAUGCAACUGGUAUUUGAUCAUGAUGUGGUAUGAUAUGGUUGAUACAAUAUGGUCAUGAUAUGAUUCAUAAUGAACCACUUAUCUGUGGUUCAUUAUAUAGAGCAUGUACUAUUGUUAUUGGUGCAGAGUAUCUUGGAACUGAAAAGAACAGCUUCUUUUUCUCUUGCUUAAACAUAUUUUCAUUUACACUUUUAAAUCAGUGUGGAUGAAUGUUCAUUUGUUAAAACCUACUUCCGAGCCAGACAAAGUCUUUAAGAGCUGUUGCACUCCAAUUUGGAAUUUUAAAUUAUAUGAGUAAUUUCUUUUUCUCAUGCCUGUACUUUUUGCAAUCAUUGUGUAAAAAUAUGGCCAUCAAAAUAGUUCACAUAACAGGGAAAGCUAUGAAACAA